AUCUUCUCUUUCAUCAUGGAUUCUCUCUCAAGAACCAACAAUUCCUUCACUGAAACCAGAUUCGAAUAUGAUCCCAAAACAGACCUAAAAGCUUUCGAUGAAACGAAAGCCGGUGUUAAAGGGCUCGUAGAUGCGGGAGUAGUCAAAAUUCCCAAAAUCUUCAUCAGACCAUCCAACGAUCCUCCCGAGACACCGAACUCUCGCCUUACGAAUUUGCAAGUUCCGAUGAUAGAUCUGGGGGGCAUCGACGGCCGUGAUCGGCGCGAUGAGAUUGUGGAUGAAAUCCGCAGAGCGUCUGAGGAAUGGGGCUUUUUCCAAGUGGUGAAUCACGGAAUCCCUUUCGGUGUGUUAAGUGGAAUGAUUGAUGGUGUUCGUGAAUUUAACGAACAAGAUUUGGAGGCGAAGAAAGAGUUCUACACGCGUGAUCGGAAUAGAAAAGUGAGAUUCAAUAGCAAUUUUGAUCUGUAUCAUGCAAAAGCUGCGAAUUGGAGAGACACAUUGACAAUUUCUAUGGCGGUUCCUGAACUUGUCCCUGAGGAACUGCCCUCAGCUUGCAGAGGAGAGACAAGGCGAGAGAGCGAAGAGAAGAGAGAAGAGAGGAGGAAGAGAAGGAAGAGAUGAUGAAGAGAAGGUGGCGUCUCUCUCUCUCUACCGGUGGCGGCGCCGGUGGGUAUCGCCUCUUUCAAACUGUACUUUUUUUUGGAUCUGGAUCUGAAGAUGAGGGGAAAAAAAAAUGUUGUUGAUGAUGAUGUUGAUGUUGAUGAAGAUGUUGUUGAUGAAGAUGUUGUUGAUGACGUGUUGAUGAAGAUACUCUGUUUUCUCUACAUUUUUUUUUUAGUUGAUCUGGAUUUGAUCUGGAUCUAAAGAUUAGUUCAUCAAAAAAAAAAAAAAAAUUGUUGAUGAUGA